AUGGCGGAAACCGCGAUGGCCACGGAGCCUCCGACGACCACCUCAGGGCCGGACCGAGCAACCUCAGGCCCUACAACAACUGCUGACCUUGCGGAGUCUGAAAUGACAACAGAACAGCAGGAAUCAGACACAGCAAGUACUGGGGAUGGAGCACCAGCUACAGAACCAACAGAAACAGGAGUAACUCAGAGGCCAGGUGCAGAUAUUUCCACGGAUAUUGGAGAACAAACGGGGUCUCCAGGAACAACACCGUCCGGAGCUCAGGGACCAGAUGCAGCAACUACAACAGAACAAUCGGGGUCUCCAGGAACAGCACCGCCUGGAGGGCAGGGACCAGAUGCAGCAAAUACAACGGACGGAGAACAAACGGGGUCUCCAGGAACAGCACUGCCUGGAGGGCAGGGAACAGAUGCAGGAAAUACAACGGACGGAGAACAAACGGGGUCUCCAGGAACAGCACCGCCUGGAGGGCAGGGACCAGAUGCAGGAAAUACAACGGACGGAGAACAAACGGGAUCCCCAGGAACAGCACCGCCUGGAGCCCAGGGACCAGAUGCCGGAAAUACAACGGACGGAGGACAAUCGGGGUCUCCAGGAACAGCACCGCCUGGAGGGCAGGGACCAGAUGCAGCAAACACAACGGACGGAGCACCGCCUGGAGCCCAGGGACCAGAUGCAGGAAAUACAACGGACGGAGGACAAUCGGGGUCUCCAGGAACAGCACCGCCUGGAGGACAAGGACCAAGUGAAAGUAAUGUAACAGGCGGAGCACCAGCAACAGGAGUGCCUGUAACCCAAGGACCUGGUGUAGGAAACACCGAAGAUGGAGAACCCGACGGCCAGUACAACACAACCAACUUCGGUCAAUAUAUCGCAUCAUACUUCACCUUAGGGACCGGUAACGACACUUCCAUCCCACUCAAUUUUGGGCGGGACAUCGUCUCCCAGUUGAGAAGAAAGAAUUCCACUGUCUUUAGAUUCAACUUGCAGGUACGUACUUCAGGUGCUAUUACAAAGGCCUUCGACUCCUUAUCAAUGUUAGCAACCUUAAGUAGUGCCCGACAAGAAACCGAAAUUACUGACGAAGAAAAUGAGGAGGGAACAAGUGACACCUCUUUCGUUUCUGCAUUGGACAGGGUCAAUAAAACGUCCACAAUCAACAACACAGACUGCAUCAAUACCAUAAAGUUGGUCCUGAUGAAAGUCCAGUUCAUUAACGCGAGUACAGGCGAAUUAUAUCCAUGUGAUCGGUCUAACCAGGCAAAUGCUCCACCCCCCUACGUGGAAAUUGUAGACAUUUACAACAACUCCAUGACCCAGAGAUACUGUUACCUGGACGAAAACGUGACCAUCCACUCAUUUGGCGACCAGAUGUAUGGCUCUAUUGUGACCACCGGAGAUCCUAACAUCAUUCCUGACAUUCGGGCAAUUCAAUCAAAGGAGAAAUACUGUUGUGGCGGCGUGUUCUAUGGGGAUUUCCGCAAACCGCUUGUUAUUGCUUCACCAAAUUAUCCCUCCAGCUAUAAUGCCGACAUGCGAUGCCCUUACGUCUUCAGGUGCAGUGUGGACUACCCCGAGUGUGUUAUCCGCAUUGACUUCGAAAACUUCAACCUGGACCCGAACGCCAUGCACCGAAGCCGUCGCCAAGCAGAGUCCGGAAACGCCACCCUCGCCCCGUACGUCCCGCCGACCGGACCCGACUUCAACCGGACGAUCUGCGCCGGCGAGGAUGGGGUUCGGGUCAGCCAGUGCGGGUCCAUCUCGGCGGCCAACUCUCGUAGUUUCUGCGCGGCCAACCCUCCCUCGCAAGUCUACACAGGAUACAAAGAAGUCCUGAUGUACUUUAACUCGAACGACGAAAGGCAGAACCAAGGCUUCGUGGUCAAAUUCACGCCGAAGGACAAGAGAAAAUGGAUUUACUCCGAUGCUGAACUCGAUCCGGAGUGCGUGUGCGCACACACCCUUCCCAACCAAAUUAGAAAGUUCUUCAGGCAAAGGAACAAGAACAAGAACAAGAAGAACAAAUCAAAGGCAAAGAACACGUCUCUCAGGCGCGUAAAGAGAGGGGAAAGGAAGAACCUGAAGGAGAAGAGAAAGGCCGAGAAGAAAGACAGAAUCCCUGGAAAGAAGAAGACGGAGAAAGGAAGAAACAAGAAGAACACAAAGGAACAAGCGAAACGAAAGGGCAAGCUGUUCAACAAGAAGGAAGAGAGACGAGGAAAGAUGAACAAGAAUGGCGAGGAGGUCGACAAAGUCCAGCCUGAUGAACGCGCUCUUAACGGGAGGACAAACAGGAAGCGACAGCAAUAUCCAUGGCUGGUGAGCGUGACCCAGUAUGAACGGCCUCUCUUGGAAGGGAAGAGCACCUCGGACCGCCCCAUUGAAAGGGUCUGCGGUGGUACUUUGCUGAGUGAUAGCUACAUUCUCACAACCACGUCCUGUUGUACUUACUGCGGGUGA